GAGAAAUUGCUUGCGUUGCGAGUAAGCGAAUAGGUUGCACAGUGCAAGACGAAUUGGUUGCGAAUAGAAGCGACUGUCGUGGAAACGCUACUGUUAUUAUUAGUUACUACUACUACUGCCCCAACGAAGUCACGUUGUACGAAUUGGACUUGGCUUAACGUCGUACAAGAUUUUCAUCAAGUAGUUUUUUUCUUGCAGUUUGAGUACAAACCGUAUUUGGUAUUGUUUUGUUUAUUUGUUUAUGCAUAUUUAUUCUCUACUGUCUUCACCUUGUAUUUUGACCACACGCUUUGUACUGCACAAGGUGAAGUUACUAGGGUAACAACAUUUUUGCAACUUGGUUAGUUGAAAUUGUGAUUGAAAUUUGUGAACAAACAGACAAAGCAACAACAACAACAAAACUAUUUUUGCAUGCAAACCUCCAAUUUUCGGGGAAGAAAAGAUGUCCGGUGUUCUGUAACAUCAGCUCAAUAAAUUAACACAAGCAGAAAUGAUGCCAUCCAGGGGAGAAUAGAAACUCCAAAGAAGAUACUAAUCUCCAAAUUCUCCAUUUUUCGGAAAAGAAGAUUCUCGCUUUGUUAUCAUGCUUUUACAUGCUAAUAAAACAAAAACAAAGCAAACUUAUAUGUACAAAAUUUAAUAAGUAUUCAACGAUUUUCAUCAAAAUUGUAAGCUGUGAAGUGAGUUCUCCAGCAGCAAGAUUGUAUUUCUUAAAAAUUAAAGAAGUGUUGGGGUUCGGGACUUUUGAACGUCAAAUAUCGUGCUACCAUGAACGUACAUUUUCAAAACCCUCACAUAUUAAUUUCUAUGUAUAUAAAAAUUCUUCUUUUCCCUUGCUGCUCAUUUCUUGGAAAAAUUAUCCCAAAAAGGGAAAAUAUCCAAGGUAUGGCAUCACUACUAAGCAGUGUACUACACUAUUGUGGCAUUGAAUGUAUGUACGUCGUGAUCAGAUGUGAUUACGAAGGCAACUCGAAUCGUUCAGUGUUUGUUAAACUAUUGGGCAUACUUAUCGUAUGUUUGUACGGUUAUCUGUAUCGUUACAGUUCAUUUAAAUAUUUCAUUGACUAACUUAGAGUUUAUGGAAUUAACAAAAAUCUUGUGGUUUUUCGGGCAAUUAGCUGUGUUAACAUAAUAUUGAAAACCUAUUUCCAAAGUGGUGACUCUUCUUCUUCCGCGGUUACAGUAAAUGGCGAGCGUUACCGUGACAUGCUCAAAGAGUUUUUGUUUCCAAAAAUUGAAGAGGAGGACAUGGACGACAUUUGGUUUCAACAGGACGGUGCAACUUGUCACACUGCUAAAGUUACACUCGAACUUUUAGCUACCGUUUUUGAAUUCCGAUAUCAAUUGGCCGCUUCGGAGCUGUGAUUUAAGCCCGUUGGACUAUUUUUUGUGGGGAGCCGUUAAGGACAAAUGCUAUGCGAACCAUCCAGAGACGAUUGAUGCUUUAAAACAAGAAAUCGAAGUUGCCAUUCAUGAAAUUGGAGGCCAAUCAAUCGAAAAUGUGCUUAAAAAUUGGGUUGAUCGAAUGGCCUACUGUAAAGCCAGUCGUGGCAGUCAUUUGAACGAUAUUAUUUCUCAUUCAUAUAAGACAAUGUUCAAUAUUCACAAUAAAAAAAAAAGGUUAAAAAAAUAUUGAUUAGUUUUUUAUUUUAUAGCCGAUUCAAAAAGCAAAUUUUACAUGGCCCACCCUAUAUAUUAUAUAUAUAUAUGUAUGCCUUAAACCAUUUUAGUUGCACUUCUCGAAUACUAUAUUUGUACAUUUAUUGCAACAAUUCUCUAUUAAUCGUCUCAAAUACCCUCUUUAAAUCUAAAACAAUCGCCAUCAUUUCAUUUUGUUUUUCAUUGGUUUUCCAUUCAUCAAGGAUAUAAUCAGCAGCUGUUUCACGCGAAUGAUUUGCACGAAACCCCGACUGGAAUUUUGAGAAAAAUUCAUUAACUUUCAAGUAUUCUAUUUAUAAGUUGCUGUUUCACUACUCUUUCCAAAAUCUUUUCAAUAGUUUUUAAUGUAGGUGUAAAUAGGCCUAAAUUCUUCACCCCUUUCUGCUUUAUUUUCUGGACCGGAGUUAUCAUUGACUAUUUCAGUAAAUUUGGAAAUACACCCCUCUUUACUGACCUAUUUACCAUGACUAGACAUGUGUGCCCUAUGUUGCUCCAGUUAUCUGUUAACAUGCCCUUGCUUAUUCCUAGGAAAACCAUAUAAAUCGUUGUUUAAAACUUUGUGCCAGUUAAAAAAAACAUCUCAAACUUUAUUCAAACUCUUCAAUUUGUUAUAAAAUUUUAAGAAACUUUUCGGGUAUAGAGUAAGUUACUGUAUUGUGAAGUGGGUGGCUAAAGUGACAUACCAGCAUAUUUUCUAAAUUAUGCAUGUCUAUACAAGGAUCUUUCCGUGAGCAAAAUAGUAACACUUUACUCUAACAGUAACUGUAAUAAUACGUUCACAUAUAAGUAGAUGAUCUACUUUUUCGUGCUUAACUCCCAAUCUGUAAUUAAAAAGCAAGAUUCCCCAUACAAAAUUUCUCUCCCAAAAUCUGCGGUUAUAAAAUAAUCCUAUAUAAUAACCAUACUUUUUGACAUACAACCUUAUGUUUUCUGUGUAAAGAACAACGGCGGUCGCCGUAGCUGAAUGGUUUGGUGCGUAACUAUUGUACCAUUCGGAAUUCAGUGAGAACGUAGUUUAAAAUCUCGGCGAAACACCGAAAUAAAGAAAAGAAAAAGUUUUUUUAAUAGCGGUCGCCCUUCGGGAGGCAAUGGCAAAACCUCCGAGUGUAUUUCUGCCUAGAAAAAGCUCCUCAUAAAAAAAAAACCUGUAGGUGCCGCUAUUUGUGGAACAACAUCAAGACGCACGCCACAAAUAGGAGGAGGAGGAGCUCGGCCAAACACUCAGAAAGGGUAUACGCGCCAAUUAUAUAUACAUAUAUAUAUAAAGAACAACGUCAAAGUAAAAACUAAAUAAAGUGGAUGCCGGGAAAGAAAACAGGUUUGUAGACAUAAUUGUAGUAAAAUGUUUGUUAGGUAUUACUAACAAUGCAUCAUAAAAAUCUUUAGCUCGCGAAAUAGACGCUUUAACGUGCUAAACACAACUUAGUAUUGUUAUUAAAAACAAAAACACAACAACAUAAGUGAAAUAAACAAUAUAAAAAAAUAUAAAAACAACGAUAUAAACAAAAUUAGAAUGCCAGUAGAGCGCACUCCACCCCGUGAACGGAGUAUACCGCUAUCUACCGCGCAAACAACAAAUUCAAGUCAGUGCUCAACUUACUCUGAUAAAACAGAAAUAGAAACAAGAGAAACUAAGGCUAAAAUAAGAGAAUCAACAAUUCCGCUAUCGUGGAGUGAUCAAUGUAAAACACCAAUAGCGUUAACGGCUAAUCACCAUCACGUGGAGAAUCCGGUAAUAAAGACUACUUUGGCGCCCUACAACUAUCCGCAAGAGACAGCAGUAACAUCAUGCACGACAGCAACAGGUACUCACUACUCCAUUAUCACUACAUCAGCAACAGCUCUAAGCUCAACAACAACAACAACUUCAUCCACUUCUGCUAAACCAACCCACGCACCUUCAACUCCCUUUCAAACCGCAACACGCAGUGCUGAAUGUAGCGCACCAACUACACUGAUCGCAUCGUCAUCAACAGCAACGCACAAUACAAGAAUGCAAAUGCAAAAUGAAAAAAAAAAAGACUUCGUGCAAUCACAGUUAAAAAGAAACCGAGAUAAGCAAUCACCAAACAAACUCGAACUCUCAAAUAAUAACAAAAAACAAAAGAACAAAAUGCAAACCUCUACACAAACAACUCUACAAGAGUAUUGGUUAGGCAACCCAGCUUCAUCAAAUAGGUUCGAUAUCUUGGAUGUAGAUAACGGACCAAAUAUCAAUGAGCCAGAAAGCAACCCAGUAGAAAAAGACCCAGGUACGCAGCGUACACAAAAACCGCCAUCAAUAUAUGUACAACAUGUAGAAAAUGUGUGUACCCUAACAAAUGCAUUGAAUUCCCUGCCAAAUAAUAAAUUUGAAAUAAAAGUUCUUAGCCGAAACGAAAUUAAAAUCCAACCGAAAGAAACAACACAUUACACAAAAAUAAUAGACUUACUAAAACAAAAAAAACAAAAUUUUAUACAUUUAGACCAAAAGAGCAACAAGGGUUUAGAGUAUUUUUACGUCAGAUGCAUCACUCGACUCCUAUCGAAGACAUAAAAAAUGAACUUUUUGAACUAGGUCAUGAAACAACAAAUAUUCACAACGUACAAAUUAAAAAUGCUUCGGGAAUAAAACAACCUCUGUCACUAUUUUCAAUUGAACUAAAAUUAAAUGAAAACAAUAAAGACAUAUACUGUAUAACUCAUCUACUCCACUGUAAAAUUAGUUUUGAGCCACCACGUCAAAAAAGAACAAUUCCUCAAUGUACAAACUGUCAGAGAUACGGACAUACAAAAAAAUUACUGUAUGGUAGAUCCAGUCUGCGUUAAAUGUGCUGGCAAACACAAGACAAAUAUGUGUAAAAUUAAGAACAAAGCGGAAACAGACAGAAUUAAAUGUGCUCAUUGUGGCGAAAACCAUACAGCUAAUUAUAGAGGCUGCGAAAUCUACAAAAAACUCCAAGUACAAAGAUAUCCGACACUACGCAAAAAAGAAAUUCACGCCGCACAAGAACAAGGCAAUAAUGAACAUCACCAGGAAAUCUCGGCACUAAUACAAAUCUAAGGGUUUGAUCCAGGCGUUUCUUAUGCACAAGCAGCAUCAACGAAAACAUUAACAAACGAAUUUAACAACCCUAAUAGUACCACAUCAAGUAUAGAUGAUUUAACUGAACUUAAAACUAUGAUGAAACAAUUGAUAACACAAAUGGCCACCAUGAUGAACAUUGUAACCAUACUGGUAUCGAAGCUAGAUGGUCGCCCUAAGUAAAAUAAAAAUAGCAAUUUGGAACGCAAACGGACUUACGCGCCACGAACUAGAACUCAAGACUUUUAUUCUAGACAAAGCAAUUGAUAUUAUGCUAAUAUCCGAGACUCAUGCAACUCAUAAAAAAACCCAUACACUACACAAAUCACCCAGAUAACAAGGCUCACGGAGGAACUGCAAUAAUCAUCAAAAAAACAAUUAAAUACCACGAACUUGAUGGUUAUAGAAAAAAUAACAUACAAGCAACGACAGUUUCAAUAAAUAGCUCAAAUGGACCAAUAACAAUAUCAGCAGUAUACUGUCCGCCAAAAUUCAAUAACACAAAAGAUCAAUACCUGGAAUAUUAAAACCGACUAGGAAGUCGAUAUAUCGCUGGAGGUGACUACAAUGCAAAAAAUUCUAUUUGGGGAUCAAGGUUAACAACUUCGAAAGGCCGAAAAUUACUAGACGCUAUAAGAGAAAAUAAUGGACACUUCAUAAGCACCGGAGAGCCGACGUACUGGCCUACAGAUAUCAGAAAACAACCAGAUUUAAUUGAUUUAUGUAUUGUUAAAAAUAUUCCACAAUCCCAUAUCACCAUUAAGUCAUGUUUGGAGCUAUCAUCGGAUCAUUCCCCACUUCUAAUGACAAUUCUUGGAUCUCUUCACCAACAAAUUUUUAGAGGACUAUAUAAUAAUAAAACAGACUGGAAUUAUUUCCGACAAAGUGUGGAAGCACAAUUGACUAUAAAUAUUUCAUUGAAAACGGAAAACGAGAUUGACUCAGCAAUAGCUUUUUUCAACGAUUCCAUCAUCAAAGCCCUCACCCUUUCGACACCAAAUAUAAAAAUUCAACAAAAAGAGUAUAUUCCAAUACAUAUCAAACAAAAAAUUCAACAAAAAAGGAAACUCCGUAAAAAGUGGCAAACCACUAAACAUCCCGAAGAUAAGGCAAAACUUAACAAAUCAACAACCGAAUUAAAAACAUUAUUAAAACAACACCAGGAUAAAAAGCUUGAGAAUUACAUACAUAACUUGGGGGCCACGGCAGUUAACAAUUAUUCCCUAUGGAAAGCAACUAAAAACUUAGUCAAAGCAGUUCCACAUAAACCUCCCAUCAAAACACAUCACGGAACUUGGCCAAAGACCAAUAAAGAGAAGGCAAACACACUAGCUGAACACUUUAAAACAAUAUUCUCAAACGAAAAAGACAACCAGCACAUUGAACAAAAUGUAAAUACGAGUAACCCAGAAAAGAGAAUGAAAAUUACAACCUCAGCAGAAAUCAGAUAUCAUUUGAAAAAUCUGAACAGUAAAAAAGCACCGGGCUUCGAUCUAAUAAAUGGUAAAAUACUAAAAGAACUACCUGAUGUAUCAAUUACAUAUAUACGACAAAUAUUCAACAGCAUAUUAAGGACACAAUGCUUCCCACGCCUCUGGAAAGUUGCACAAAUAACGGCAAUCCCCAACCAGGUAAAAGUGCAUCAGAAAUGACAUCAUAUCGCCCUAUCAGUCUCUUGCCCAUUCUUUCAAAAGUGUUUGAAAAAAUACUCUUUGCCAGAUUAGACAAAAUUCUGAUAGAAAAAAAUAUAAUACCAAGCCAUCAAUUUGGAUUUAGACGACAGCAUUCAACUGUGCAACAAGUCCACAGAGUUAUAAACAAAAUAUUAAAUGAUAUGGAAAAUAAAAGGUUCUGCAUAGCUACCUGGAUAUUGCAAAAGCUUUUGACAGGGUUUGGCAUAAAGGACUACUACAUAAGCUCAGCCAAAUAUUACCGCGGAAUCACUUCACCAUUCUCAAAAGUUAUCUGGAAAACCGACAUUUUUUUAUAAAGUUCGAAUUGUACCUGAUAUUUACAGCAGAUAUACCGAUCCCAACCACAAAAAAUUGCAUGAUACACAUUCGCGGAUGACACGGUUUUAAUGGCAUCGGAUAAAAUAGAAAAAACCGCGACUGACAUUCUUCAACAAACAAUAAAUAACACCGGAUCAUGGUUCGAUAAUUGGCGAAUAGAAGUCAACAAAGAUAAAACGGUACAAGUAAUAUAUACAAACAGAAAGCCUAAGAAACAUAAAUUAACAAUGAAAUAAAAAUCCUUCCUAGUGCAAAGUACCUUGGCAUAACUAUAGAUGAAAAACUAAAUUGGAAACGACAUAUACAAAACAAACGAAAUGAAAUCAAAAAGAGUUCAGACAAUUAUAUUGACUGUUGGCUAAAAAUUCAAAACUAAGCCUUAACAACAAAGUAGUGAUAUAUAAAUCUAUAAUCUCACCCAUUUGGAAAUAUGGCAUUGAAAUCUGGGGCACAGCAAAAAAAACCAAUAUCAAAAUAAUUCAACGGACGCAAUCUAAAAUACUUCGAACAAUAACAAAAGCAGUCUGGUAUAUACCAAACGACGUGAUCCACAGCGACCUCAAUAUCGACACAAUAGAUGACAUAAUUAGAAAAUACAGCAUCAAGCAUAUAAAACGACUAACAAAUCAUCAAAAUGAACAAAUGCGCAAACUACCACAAUCGGAGAAAGCGGGAAAACGAAGAUUAAAACGAUUAACUCCAACAGAACUCACAAUUUAACAAAACAAUAAAGAAAAACAAAAAUAAUAAUAAUUAUAAUAAUAAAUAAUAAUAAUUAAUAAUAAUAAUAAUUAUAACACAGAAAAUAAUAUAAUGUAAUAUAGCAUAAUCUGAAGCAAAAUUGAAUGUUUAUCUAGCAUUGGUUAGAGAACAAAGAAUUCCAAUACUACUUUAAAAAUAAUUACUUAUUGUUAAAAUUUAACAGAUUGUAAUUUAAAAAGGGAAAUAAUAAAAAAAAAAAAAAAAAACAAAAAAAAAAAAAAAAUGCAUCAUAUAACAGAAAAAAACGUGGAUCCAUAAGUGUGUGCCCUCUUAUUACUUACAAUAUUAUAAAAUGUAAAAUCGAAUUUCGAAUGCGUACUACUCCCAUAAUUUUUUGAAACCUCAGUAAACGUCGUUUUUCGUCGACGAAUUUCCUCCAAUUGUUUAUUAUGAGCAGCCAAUUGCGCAAUUAAGUUAGCUAUUUCUUUUCCUUCUAAAUUAUCUAUCCUUAAUAAUAAUAAAAAAAACCAAAAACACCGAGAUAUCCCAACAAAAUAAUUUCUAUGAAGAAAAACCUUUCACAACAGUACUGACAGCUAAUUGUCAAUUUUGCAGGUUAUCUGCCAUAUGUGAGCGGAUAGAUUAAUUUUGUGUAUUUAUUGGAAUUAAUGCAUAUGUGAACGUACUUUAACAGUUAACUGUUAAAAACAGUUACUGCAAGGCAGCGAGGGCCGAUAAAUGCUUAAUAUGCUGCUAUUAAUGUGCAAAUACUUUUUGAAUUUUGCGGUUGCAAAUAUUUUAAAGUGUGCUCUGGAAAAGGAUUAGAUAGAAAUUUACGCAGAUUCUCAACUUCAAAUACUUGUUUAUGGUUUUCCGUGAAUAUAGUUAAUUAUAGUUCAAGUUAUUUUUUUUAAUUCUUUAAUAUAUUUCUAGGAAGCAAAGUUUUUGUCUUCAAACCUCGUGUUUGGCUAAUGUGAUAUAGUUGGAGUAAUUCAAUUGCAUAUGGUGUUUGCGAUAUGGUAUGAUAGAUCAAUUAAUACUAUAUUAUAUAUAUAUAUAUAAUUGGCGCGUACACCCGUUUUGGGUGUUUGGCCGAGCUCCUCCUCCUAUUUGUGGUGUGCUUCUUGAUGUUGUUCCACAAAUGGAGGGACCUACAGUUUCAAGCCGACUCCGAACGGCAGAUAUUUUUAUGAGGACCUUUUUCAUGGCAGAAAUACACUCGAAGGUUUGCCAUUGCCUGCCGAGGGGCGACCGCUAUUAGAGAAAUGUUUUUUAUUAAUUUUGGUUUCACUGAGAUUCGAACCAACGUUCUAUAUGUGAAUUCCGAAUGGUAUUCACGCACCAACCCAUUCGGGUUGCGAAAAUGGUGUAAUUAUUUUAUCGCUGUACGCACAAAAUGCAUCUUUUAUGGCUCCUCUAAAGACCUACUACAAUGAAUAUAUAAGGCGGUUUAUGCGACAACAAAGCGGAAAAGUGGCACAAAUCGAUGUCAUAGAACGUUUUGCUAAAGCACCUGAAAGUCCCAACGUCUUAGAUAGCAAUAAAUGGGUGCUAAUGCACUAGUAUAUGUCCAUUAGAUAAAAAAGAUUUUCAAGAAAGUGAUCCCAAAAUCACGAAAGUCAGUUGGAAGAAAACAUUUUAGAAGAACCAGUUGCGAGCACAAGUAGCGCAGCUAUGACAAAUUUCAUUAAGCCAUGGAAGGUCUCAUCACGGCUUCAGCUGAAACAGACUACCAGCUCCAGACGUAGGCGAUCAGAAGCAACAGUAUUAAAAUCACAAUAAAAAGCAUCGAGGCAGGCACCAAAAAUACUGAAAAACGUAAGAAGAUACCACGAUAAACGACAAUCAAUAUUUCUUUGUGAGUCUUGUAAAUCAAUAUGAAAUAUGUAUGCAUGCCGGAAAUAUAACUGUAUUUCACCGGAACUUACAAUAAAUUCUAAUUGAAUCGUACACGUAGACGAAAUAAAAAUAUUGGGCAUAGUUUUCAGUAAAAUUUUCCAAUGAAACAACCAUGUUGUUGAGUCCAAUUAAGUAUUCGUUUAAAAUAUAUUUGGAUUUUUGCCAUAAACAUCAUCAUUUCAAAAACCACAUUAUUUAAAGUUUACGUGAUAUACGGAGCGGCAGCCCUUGGUCGGGAAAAACCCGAGUCAUUCCGGUAACGUGGAACCGGCUGCCAUGGGAAUGUUUAAGUUUUCGUCACAUCGUUUGGUCCUUCGAGCCGGAGUUGGGGACUCACCACAAAAUAUACAAAACCUUUAAGAGAUUUAGGACUUGAAUUCUCCCCGCAACAUUUAUUAACGCAACACACGUCUUACACGUGAAAAAAUUCUGAAUGCUAGCAUCCACUUAAUCCGGUACUUAACGGAAAAAUGCUUCGCACAUUCAACACACUUACAUAUCUGGUAAAGACACUUGUGCUGAGCAAAAUAGAGUAUGAUCUAUAAAACUACGAGUACACUAUGUCAUCUACCGCAUCUAUGAUAUAUAUACCGAUGAAGCCGCUGGUGUACUGGACGCCAUGAAAACAGCCCAACAGAAGAGGAAAAAAGCUGUAAUUUGCACUGACAGCCUUUAAGUCUUGGAAGCCAUAAAUGACAUAUACGAUAUAAUAGCAACUGGGACACCAUAAACAUCAUACGGGAUAUGUCCUACCAGUCUCGCCACACCAAACGGACACGUAGGAAUUACUGAUAUCUUACGAACUAGUCUCCUUUAGUACCAGGUACAACAAAGCACCACAAGAGCACAUAUUCAACGUCACCUCUACUAAAUUAGAAACUCAAAUAACACACCUGCCAUGUACUCAACAACAAUCGGAAAAUAAAAUGUUUUGGUUUUGUCGUGCCUUCGCCUUGGCCACACAAACGAAAUACAUUCCCAUCUGCUAAGCAAUCAAUUUAGCGCGGGUCUGAUAAAUAACAUAACCAGGCGACCUAUGCUAUCGCUUGCAUCAGACCACUUGCCCAUUAUCGCCUCAGUUGAGCGGCAUGCCAACUUUGUUAUCGCGAAUCACCGGGCUUAUAAUAACUGUAACAAAGAUUGUGCCGGCUUCGCGGAAUUCACCGAGGACACCUUCUCUGUUAAUGAAACCUGGGAAACCCGCCAACCAAUCUUAUCGGCUGAUAACUCUCCUUUUCCCAGUAGUGAAAACACUUGAAGCCCUUCCUCUCCCGUUAUUCGCGAAACACCUGGCCCAAGCCCCACGUCAGCAUGGCUUCCGACGAGUGCGCAGCACUCACCGACAUAAAGGCCCAAAUAAAUCGCGAGCUUAUCCAAAACUACCCCUGCAAGAGGACUGUCGUAGUAGCGCUGGACUUGAAGGCUUUCGAUACAGUCAGCCAUUCUACGCUAUUAGAUGACAGUUUUCAGUCAACACUCCCGCCAGGGUUGAAAAGGUGAGGUGGUCCGCCAACUAUCUGACCGCUCAGUGACACGCAGUGGAUAAAGCUCCUGACUUACCAAAACACUGCUAUUCGGAUAUCGACGGGUUGCCUCCUGAUGUCCCCUCUUCAACACCUUCACAACGAGGCACAGGUACUCCCAGUAAAGGAGCACAAAAAACUACUCAGCAAACAGUUUCUGCUUGGGUGCUCCCGUAGGUUUCACCCAUUACUUAUCCAGAAUUGUCCCCGACAUACCAAACAUAUGUCUUGCAUGUGAAGGCACCCCGCACGACACUAACCACCUUUGCCCCUCUAAACCCAUUCAUCUAACACUCCUCUCCCGCUGGACCCAACCUGUCGAAACAGCAAGUUUCCUGCGUCUACCUUUAGAUGAGCUAGACGAAGACGACCGCUGGUAUACACUACACUGACAGGGCUUGUAUUGCUGCGGCCAUACUAACCUAGCUGUUGCGCAUGCGUCUUCAUCUUCUUCUUCUUAAUUGGCGCGAUAACAGCUUACGCGAUUUUGGCCGAGAUUAACAAAGCGCGCCAGUCGUUUCUUUCUCGUGCUAACCGGCGCCAAUUGGACACACCAAGUGAAGCCAAGUCCUUCUCCACCUGAUCUUUCCAACGCAGAGGAGGCCUCCCUCUUCCUCUACUACCACCAGCAGGUACCGCAUCGAAUACUUUCAAAGCCGGAGCGUUUGUAUCCAUUCGGACGACAUGACCCAGCCAACGUAGCCGCUGGAUCUUUAUUCGCUGCGCUAUGUCUAUGUCGUCGUAAAGCUCAUACAGCUCAUCGUUCCAUCGUCUGCGAUAUUCGCCGUUGCCAACGUGCAAAGGUCCAAAAAUCUUACGCAGAAUCUUUCUCUCAAACACUCCAAGCGUCGCUUCAUCGGAUGUUGUCAUCGUCCAAGCUUCUGUGCCAUACGUUAGGACGGGCAUGAUGAGAGUGUUGUAGAGUGUUAGUUUUGUUCGUCGAGAGAGGACUUUACUGCUCAAUUGCCUACUUAGUCCAAAGUAGUACUUGUUGGCAAGAGAGACUCUACGUUGGAUUUCAAGGCUGAUAUUGUUAUCGGUGUUAAUACUGGUUUCUAAAUAAACGAAGUCUUUUACAACCUUGAAAUUAUAACUGUCAACAGUGACGUGGGUGCCGAUACGCGAGUGCGCCGACUGUUUGUUUGAAGACAGGACGUACUUCGUUUUGUCCUCGUUCACCACCAGACCCAUUCGCUUUGCCUCUUUAUCCAGUUUGGAGAAGGCAGAACUAACAGCGCGGUUGUUAAGGCCGAUGAUGUCAAUAUCAUCGGCAUACGCCAACAAUUCUACGCUCUUAUAAAAAAUUAUGCCUGAGCGAUUAAGUUCUGCGGCUCGUACGAUGCUCUCCAACAUCAGGUUAAAGAAGUCAGACGACAGCGAGUCACCUUGUCUGAAACCUCGUUUGGUAUCAAACGGCUCGGAGAGGUCCUUCCCAAUUCUGACGGCGCUGCUGGUGUUGAGCAACGUCAUCUUGCAAAGCCGUAUUAGUUUUGUGGGGAUACCAAAUUCAGACAUCGCGGCAUGCAGAUAAUUCCUCUUCGUACUGUCGAAUGCAGCUUUGAAAUCGACGAAAAGAUGGUGUGUGUGGAUUCUCCUUUCGUGGGUCUUUUCCAAGAUUUGGCGUAUUGUAAAUAUUUGGUCGAUGGUAGACUUUCCAGGUCUAAAGCCACACUGAUAAGGUCCAAUCAGUUGGUUGACGGUGGGCUUCAGCCUUUCACACAAUACGCUCGCUAGAACCUUAUAGGCGAUAUUUAGAAGACUAAUCCCGCGGUAAUUGGCACAGAUUGCAGGAUCCCCCUUCUUAUGGAUUGGGCAGAGCACACUUAAAUUCCAAUCGUCAGCCAUGCUUUGAUCCGACCAUAUUUUGCAUAGAAGCUGAUGCAUGCACCUUCCCAGCUCCUCGCCGCCAUAUUUGAAUAGCUCAGCCGGCCGUCCGUCGGCGCCCGCGGUUUUGUUGUUUUUUAGCCGCGUUAUCGCUAUUCUCACCUCGUCAUGGUCGGGUAACGGAACGUCAAUUCCGUCGUCGUCGAUUGGGGUAUCGGGAUCCUCACAUUCUGUGUGACAUGCGCAGCUGUCACUGUUUAGUAGGUUCGAGAAGUGUUCCCUCCAUAAUUUAAGAUUUCUCUGGACGUCAGUCACCAGUUCGCCGUCUUUGUUUUUAGAGGAAAACGCCCCGGUCUUAAAACCUUCUGUAAGCCGCCGAACUUUCUGAUAGAAUUUUCGGGCGUUGUUCCGAUUGGCCAGCAUCCCAAGCUCCUCGCACUCACGUAUUUCGGCCUCUCGUUUCUUCUUUCGGAUAAUACGUCUCUCUUCUUUUUUUAGCUCUCUGUAGCGAUCCCACAUGGCUCGCGUUGCGCGCGAUAGCAGCGUGGCUCUAUGGACGGCAUCCUUUCUUUCUGCGGCAGCAUGACAUUCCCCGUCGUACUAACUGUUUUUUCGGGCUCGCCGGAAUCCGAUUUCUUCUUCAGCGGCGGUACGUAGGGAACGAGAAAUGUU